AAGCAGACCUCAUAGGAACUCAGAACAAGUAGGAGAAACGUUGUUGGCUUUUUUUUUUUUUUCCUUGUUCUUUUUCUUUUCAAAGAUGAACCUAACUGCGCUCAAAGCUUUCGUGGGCUUGCUCUGGAAUUGCUGGGUUCUGGUGGGUCACGCACAGGGAAGUUUAGGAGACAAUCAUGUCCAUUCGAGUUUUAUUUACAGGAGGCUGCGGAACCAUGAGAGAAGGGAGAUUCAGAGAGAGAUUCUCUCUAUCCUGGGUUUACCUCACAGACCCAGACCAUUUUCACCAGGAAAGCAGGCUUCUUCUGCACCCCUCUUCAUGCUGGACCUGUAUAAUGCCAUGACAAAUGAAGAGGAUUCUGAGGAGCUGGAGUAUUCACUAAAGGGAUCAAUGGCAGGGGAGAGCAGAGGGAUACGAAAAGGAUACCCUGCCUCUCCAAAUGGAUAUUCACGGAGAAUACAAUUAUCUCACAUGACCCCCCUGACCACACAGAAUCCUCCUUUAGCCAGCCUGCACGACACCAACUUUCUGAAUGAUGCUGACAUGGUCAUGAGCUUUGUCAAUUUAGUUGAAAGGGACAAGGACUUCUCCCACCACCGAAGGCACUACAAGGAAUUCCGCUUUGACCUUACUCAGAUCCCUCAUGGAGAGGCAGUGACAGCAGCCGAAUUCCGGAUAUACAAAGAUCGGAGCAACAGCCGCUUUGAGAAUGAAACCAUUCAGAUUAGCAUAUAUCAGAUCAUCAAGGAGUAUCCCAACAGGGAUGCAGACUUGUUCCUGUUAGACACAAGAAAGGCUCAAGCUUCUGAUGUGGGCUGGUUUGUCUUUGACAUUACUGUGACCAGCAACCACUGGGUGAUUAAUCCACAGAACAACCUGGGCUUGCAACUCUGCGCUGAAACUGGGGACGGUCGAAGUAUCAAUGUUAAAUCUGCUGGCCUGGUUGGAAGACAUGGGCCUCAGUCAAAGCAGCCAUUCAUGGUUGCAUUCUUCAAGGCAAGUGAAGUGCUUUUCCGCUCUGUCCGAGCAGCCAACAACAAAAGGAAAAAUCAGAACCGCAACAAAUCCAGCAGUCAACAGGAGUCCUCUAGGAUGCCAAGCAUUGGGGAUUAUAACACAAGUGAGCAAAAACAAGCUUGUAAGAAACAUGAACUUUAUGUGAGUUUCCGAGACUUAGGAUGGCAGGACUGGAUUAUUGCACCAGAGGGCUACGCUGCAUUUUACUGUGAUGGAGAGUGUUCUUUCCCCCUCAAUGCCCACAUGAACGCAACAAACCAUGCCAUUGUUCAGACUCUGGUUCACUUGAUGUUCCCCGAUCAUGUACCAAAGCCAUGCUGUGCACCAACGAAACUGAACGCAAUCUCCGUGCUCUACUUUGAUGACAGUUCCAAUGUUAUUCUAAAAAAAUACAGGAAUAUGGUGGUGCGUUCAUGUGGCUGCCACUAAAGUAAAAAAAAAAUAAUCUAAAGCAGAGGGUUUUAUUCAAAAUUGUAAUAAAAUCAAGAUACGAGCAUUGCUGAUGAAAAGGCAGGCCUAAAUUUAUUCCAUUUCACGUCGUCUCUUGUUUAAUUGUACAGUAUAAUGUAUAUAGUAGCUUUUAUUUAUUUAAAAGUAUAUAGUUUCUUUUGUAUGAGCAAAAUUUCAGAACCAUUUAUUUAAUGGGUCACCUCACUAUGCAGUAGAAGUUCACAAAUUAAUUUUUUCAAUUGACCAUACUGAAAUCUGCUUUAUCCCAUUUCAAUAUUGUUAAAUAAAGUGUUUUUCUAUAGAAUUUUUUUAAGAUAGAAACUCCAGAACUUCUGUAACUGCUUUGUAUUGCUAGAGGAACUAAAAUGCGUUUGUUCAUAUUAUGCCAAUGAAAACUGUGGCAAGGUAUUUAUUUAGAAAAAGGCACAGGAGGAAAAAAAACCUAAACAAAACUGCUCAGCUAAACAUAUUUUUUCCUUUAGAAGUUUUGCUCCAUUAGGAAAAGUGAAAUGUUGAACAGUGCUUAAGAUGAAAAAAUAGAAGUGAAAAAAUUGCACAUAAUUGUUAUAACUAUUUUCUUUAACAAGUUGAGUGUAACAGGAGGAGUAUGUUAGCUUUUGGCUUAGGAGCUGCAAAAUUUGUAGAAGACUCCAGGCUUCAGAAAUUCUGUGUAGAGAUACUCUUGCCUCUGCCUAUGACUUUGCAAGUUAACACUACAAAUUGAAUGACAGCAUUCUUACCUCAAAUAAUAUCACUCUAUUAUCUAUGACACUGCUCUGGCAGAUAUUUUCAUAAUAGUGUAAAACAAGCCAAAAAUCAAACAAAAAAUCCACACAAGCCUUCCCAUUACAUACAGAAGUUACUAUAUACACAAAGUAUGCAGAAUACAGGGUAUGGAAGGGCUUUGCUUUAUUUAGCUCCCAUUUUGGAUGUGUUUUAUGAGUGCGCAAGGGAAGACACAGGGGGUGCAGCAGUUGUCACUUCUUAAACCAAAAAUCUUAUCCCUGGUGGUGACUGUUUUCAGGAAAAGAUAAAAAACAACUUUCAUAAGAAGAUUCUGGGUAACUUGCAGCCUACUUGCAGUCCCAUCUGCUUUUCUAUCAGGUGGGGGUUGGU